AUGGCAGUCACAACCAUUCCCCUCGAACCCCUCAUAUCAACGGCACGUGCGGAGACGAGUCACGCCGGCGCAGCCACUCGAGAUCCUCACCCCGACCGACUACAACCCGAGAAGAAAACGAUUUCGAAGAUGAAAGGCGACGACGAUAACGAUUUGCUAGUCAUGCAUUCCCCUGGGAGCGAUCAAAGACUAGCUGGGGAAAAGCAACCCUCGACCGGCAUUCAUUUCCUGACCGCAGAACACCCGCUUUUUCCGCCUAUGCCGUCAUAUGGUACUCCUUCUGUGGUGCGCAGAAUCCAACACUCCGCGCUCGUUGUCGCGUCGUUCGUUCUCUCGCUGUUAUUUUUGGCAGUCAUUUUUGUCGGGGCCGUGCUGCGCACAGCCGGAGUCGCAAUUUCAGAAGCUCAUUCGCGAUGGAAUGGGCAAAAUCCAGAUACCAGGAGGGUAUUUUAUACCGAGGAACAAGCACGCCGGAAAGCGAGGGCCGAUGCCGAUCGUAGAUGGGCUUUGCGCCAACAGAAAAGAGAUAUGGACGAAGAACAAGGGCCAGAAGAAUCCCAAGAAUGCCCAUCGUUAGAAGGAGGCAAGGAUCCUGUGGUUGCUGAUGUUGCAUACUAUGCUCGGCGAGUUGGUCUUGAUGUGGAAACUUUCCGUGUCCAAACAGAGGACGGUUUCAUUAUUACACUGUGGCAUGUCUACAAUCCUCAGGAGUAUGCGGCAUUGUCUCCAGAAGAAAGACGGGAGCGUGGGCCUGAUGUUUUCACCAAACCGAAAAUACCGAAUACGUCUCGUCCACAGUCGAAUCGUCGAUACCCUGUUCUUCUAGUUCAUGGGCUGCUGCAAAGUGCUGGCGCAUUCUGCACGAACGACGAGGAUAGCCUGGCGUUCUACCUCUGCAAGGCAGGCUAUGAUGUCUGGUUAGGGAACAACCGCUGCGGUUCACACCCAGAGCAUACCAGUUUAUCGACUAAUGACCCUCGUAUGUGGUCUUGGGAUAUUCGACAUCUCGGAACCCUGGACCUUGCAGCUCUCACUUCGCGUGUGCUCUAUGAGACUGGGUUCGAGAAGCUGGGUCUUGUGUGCCAUUCCCAAGGAACUACGCAGACCUUUGUCGCUCUAGCCAAGGAACAGCGUCCUGAGUUGGGUCGAUAUAUCUCGGUUUUCUGUGCACUUGCUCCGGCUGCGUAUGCCGGUCCACUUGUGAGCAGGCCAUAUUUCCGAUUCAUGGGUCUUCUUUCUCCGGCAAUGUUCCGACUCGUCUUUGGUAUCCAUUCCUUCAUCCCUCUCAUGAUGACCGCCCGUCGUCUGCUUCCGCCUAAGAUAUAUGGGACUAUGGCAUACUGGGUGUUCUCAUUUUUAUUCGACUGGUCUGACACGCGCUGGGAGCGUGAUCUCCGCCACCGAAUGUUCCAAUUCGCCCCUGUAUACGUUAGUGCCGAGUCGAUGCGUUGGUGGCUCGGAAGCGAGGGCUUCGCCAAACACAAAUGCAUUCUGUCUACUGACAACGAGCUCUUGCUUGAGGCAAAUGUGAGCCCCGAUAGACGCGACCCUGUUUCCGACCAUGGCGAUGAUCCCCGAGAUGCAUGCUUGGGUAAUCCUACUUUAAGCCCGUGGUUUGGUCCGAGAACACCCCCGUUCGCAUUUUGGAUUGGAGGGUCGGAUGCGCUUGUUGACGGUCGUCGGCUUCUCACCCGCUUUCAUAGCGGCCGUGAGCCUCAUGUGCGUCUCGUGCAUUCAAAGGUUAUAGAAGAAUAUGAGCACCUGGAUGUCCUUUGGGCAAUGGAUGCUAUCGAGCAGGUUGGCGUGGAAGUCAAUCAGGUCAUUUGGUCGACUAUGCCUGAAGACGCACGUCAAUCAUGUCGUCGUCCUCGCGGUGUUAACCCAGACAUGGUUGACACGAGCUAG